AUGUCUCAGACCACGACUCAGGCGCCCACCAUCGUCGACCUCGGCGGCGUCGUCCGUGUCUCGAGCCUGAAGCGCGCCGAAGUCAAGCGCUCCCCUUCUUCGUCCAAGUCGAGCAAGUCUGCCAAGUCUUCCAAGCCUGCCUCGCCCGCUCCUUCCAACAUGCGCCCCUCCUCCGCUCCCCGCUGCCUCGACCCCCACUUCGAGGACGCCUUCCUCCGCCUUAUCCAGGACCGUCCCCAGCAGAAGCCCCCCGCUGGCCAGUUCGGAGGCUGGAAGCAGGAGUGGCCCGUGUUCUGGGAGGGUGCCGGCUUGGGUGCGUUCUAA